UGAACAUGGAUAGAAUCAAGAAAAGUUUUAGUGCGAACCUCGAUGCGUUAAUAGAAAAGAUCCGAACGGAAAGUAAUAGGCAAUCCGAAGAUGAAUUCAUAAAUACCAGAAGAUUAACCAUAGAGUCACCAUAUAAACCAUUUGAUAUGGGACCCUCUCAUGAUAUAGAUAAACAAAUAACAGAUUUAGAAAGUUUAAUUAAACGUUUGCAAGACGAAAUCGUUGAUAUGACUACUGAGGCGAAUAAACCUUUGGAUAAAGAAAAUUUGAGAGACUGGUUUACUAAAGCGCAUUACAAUUUUGAUAUCAAUGAAGAUAAUAGAAACAAUACAGACUCAAAUAAAACAAAUACAAGUAAUACAAAUAAUGGCACAGAUUCUAAUGAUGUAGAUAAAAAUUCGAAUCAAACAAACAGUCAAGUUUUUCCUCUUAUAAUAUCAAAUAUCAAUCCAUUAUUAGCAGGUCAGUGUGUCACUGAUGAUUUUGUUAGUCGUAUUAUUUCUCCAAGCGUUUCAGAACUUACAGCUAACUUCACAGAAAUAAGAAAGAAUUUUUCACUGCUUUGGGAUGAAGCUGAGGAUGAAGUUUCUAAAAAGAGUGAGGAUGUGAAAACUAUUGAUAGUGAAGGUACGUUUGCUGUAUUAAAAGAUGUAAUUAUUAGUGAACAUAUGGAUAACGGAGGUACUGGAAUGCCUUUAUGUAAUUCCGAGAAGGAUUUGAAUUGAAAAGAAAGAAAUUUCUUGAUAAAAAUAUUUGUAAAAUUUAAAUAAAAG